UUUACAACACGACUUUCAUUUUCACGGAUGACUUGGUGCUCAUGGGAGAGCAGGCAUGACCCGAGGGAGAUUGUUUGUCAGCGCACGCGGAGGAGUGACGUGCUCAGCUCCGGUUUGACUGACGCGUCUUUUGACUGUUGAUGUGUCCAUGUGGCGUAGCGCGUUAAAGUUCCGGCUGACCUCUCUCUCUCUCUCUCUCUCUCUCCCUCUCUCUCUCUCCCUCCGCUCAGUCGUUUUUAUCCUCGCUCCUCAUAGCUCGGAGUAUCCGUUACCGGAUCCCGACCAAUCCCCGCGCGCUGUGAGAGCUCGAGAGGAGACGGCAGCGGAGAGCAGACCGGAGAGAGGCAGACAUACAGGCUAAAGAGGUGGAGAGGAAGCGGGAGGAGGGCACACACACCCAACUAUCUGUCCAUCCAUCCAUCCAUCUAUCGUCUAUCCUCCUAAACCUCCUAACCCGUCUCCCCCUCCUCCUCUCCUCCCCUCGCUCGCCAGGUCCUCCUGACUGCAGCUGUUGGGUUAACCGGAGAGGCGCGAGGCAGGAUGCGCGAUGGGACAAGCGUGCGGACACGCGCUCCUCUGCCGUAGCCAGCCGCCGUCCUCCGAGAUACGCGGUCAGCAAGUGUUUCUGCGUCCUGAGGAGAGUUCAGCUCCAGCCCUGACGAGAAGACAGUCCACCACGUUGUCCGAACAACUCCAGGAUGCUUUGCUGCGGCUGGCAGCGGUUGCUGAUGCGGGCUCGCUUCGAGUGGCCCUCCGAGACAGCAUACACGAGCUGCUACCCAGCACGGAGUGUGUGUGUGUCUACAUGCUGGAGGGAUACUCGAGGCUGUUAUCUGACGACCCACCACAUGAACUGCCACGGGAGGGAAAGAUCAGGAGUAUCGUGGACCAGCUGAGGCGAUGUCAGUGUGUCGGCCUUCCUCCGUCCGAACUGCCAGAGAAAUACAGAAUCUGCCUCGCAGCACCGUUACCAGCACACAGAAGAGCUGUUGUCAUUCCUCUCUUGAACCAGGAGCGGGACAAGGCCAUCGCUGUCUUACUGGUGGGCUGUAAUCCACUAUCUGAUCAGGAUGAACUGCAUCUUAACAUGCUGGAGAAACAUGCCUCAGUGGCGUGUGCGCGAGUCCAGGCUGUUCAGACGUCCUACCAGAGGCCUCCUCUCAGUCCCUCUCCCAUACAGUCCCACAAUGCACUGCUGCACCUCAACGUCUCAGACCAGGACUACUGCAAACUGGACCGCAACAUUCUGCAACUCUGUGGUGAGCUCUUUGACCUUGAUGCAGCCUCUCUCCAGCUCAAAGUCAUCAAUUAUCUGCAGCAGCAGACUCACUCGCAGUGUUGUUGUUUGCUACUGGUGUCUGAGGACAACCACCAGCUUUUCUGCCAGGUAGUUGGAGACAAAGUCCUGGAGGAGGAGAUGAGCUUCCCGCUGAUGUUUGGACGCUUUGGUCAGGUUGUCGAGAAGAAGAAGUCAAUUACUCUCCAAGACAUCAGUGCUGAGGAGCGUCGGCAGCUGUCCAGCAUGCUGGGCUGUGAAAUCUCCUCCAUGCUUUGUGUACCAGUGGCCAGCAGGGCCACCGGUCAGGUGGUGGCACUAGCUUGUGCCUUCAACAAACAGGGUGGGCAGAGACACACCGAGGCAGAUGAGCAUGCAAUCCAGCACUGUUUCUGCUACACUUCAACGGUCCUCACUUCAACGUUGGCCUUCCAGAAAGAACAGAAACUCAAAGUGGAGUGCCAGGCGCUUUUACAAGUGGCCAAGAAUCUUUUCACACACUUGGAUGAUGUCUCAGUGCUGUUACAGGAAAUUAUAGUGGAGGCCAGGAACCUCAGUGAUGCAGAGAUUUGUUCAGUGUUCUUGCUGGAUACCUGCAGUCAUGAGUUGGUAGCGAAGGUGUUUGACGGAGGCGUGGUUAGUGAUGAGGAGAAGGAGUUUCGUAUUCCAGCAGAUCAGGGUAUCGCAGGUCACGUGGCGACCACCGGUCAGAUCUUGAACAUAAAGGACGCCUACUCCCAUCCUCUUUUCUACCGCGGUGUGGACGACAGCACCGGCUUCAAGACUCGCAACAUCCUCUGCUUCCCCAUCAAAGAUGAAAACAAUGAGGUGAUUGGGGUGGCUGAGUUGGUGAAUAAAAUGAACGGGCCGUGGUUCAACCGCUUUGACGAGGACCUGGCCACGGCCUUCUCCAUCUACUGUGGUAUCAGCCUCGCCCAUUCUCUGCUCUACAAGAGAGUCCAUGAAGCUCAGUUCAGGUCCCACCUGGCCAAUGAGAUGAUGAUGUACCAUAUGAAGGUGUCAGAGGAAGAGGUGACUAAGAUGCUGGUAACGGGGGUUGAACCCGUGAUGGAGAUCCACCCCUGCUUUGCCGAAUUCACGUACACGCCUCGCUCCCUACCCGACGACAACACGCCGUUGUGCAUCCUCAGCAUGUUUGAAGACAUGGGUUUCAUCAACACAUACAAGAUUGACGUGAAUACUCUCGCCAGGUUCUGUCUGAUGGUGAAGAAAGGCUACAGGGACCCUCCUUACCACAACUGGAUGCACGCCUUCUCUGUCUCACACUUCUGCUACCUGCUCUACAAAAACCUAGGGCUGUCCAACUACCUCGAGGAUAUAGAGAUUCUAGCUCUCUUUGUCUCCUGUAUGUGCCAUGACCUGGACCACCGUGGCACCAACAAUUCUUUCCAAGUCGUCUCACAAUCUGUGCUGGCUGCUCUAUACAGCUCGGAGGGAUCUGUGAUGGAGAGACAUCACUUUGCCCAGGCCAUCGCCAUUCUGAACACUCACGGCUGCAACAUCUUUGAUAAGUUCAACAGGAAGGACUACACGCGCAUGCUGGAUUUGAUUAGAGACGUCAUUCUGGCGACAGACCUGGCUCACCACCUUCGCAUUUUCAAGGACUUGCAGAAGAUGGCUGAUGACGGAUACAACCGAAAAAACCGUAACCAUCGCUCGAUGCUUCUGUGCCUGUUGAUGACAUCGUGUGACCUGUCGGACCAAACCAAGGGCUGGAAAACCACACGCAAGAUUGCUGAGCUGAUUUAUAAAGAGUUCUUCUCUCAAGGAGAUCUGGAAAAAGCCAUGGGGAAUAGACCCAGUGAGAUGAUGGACAGAGAGAAAGCGUACAUCCCCGAACUACAGAUAAGCUUCAUGGAACAUAUCGCCAUGCCCAUUUACAAGCUCUUAUCUGAGCUGAUACCUGGGGCCACUGAGCUGUACGAGAGAGUGGCGGCAAAUCGGGAGCAGUGGACGAAAGUGUCCCAUAAGUUCUCCAUCCGUGGUUUGCCCAGCAACAACAGCCUAGACUUCCUGGACCAGGAGUAUGAGCUGCUGCAGUCCCAGGGUGCUUUCGGGAGCGACGACCACUGCCUCAAUGGCUGCCUUGAAGAUGCAGAAGGAGGAAGCGGUCAGUGACAUCAGCGGGCUGCUGGCGGUUUCUUGAAGUUUUCCGUGGUCCAAUAAGAGGUCGAUGAUACCUUUUUAGCGACCUAAGAGGGAGGGAUCUCUCUGCUGUCAAUCACUUAGAUGCUUAGCAGGCCAUGCAGAAGGGACAGGACAAAGUUUCAAACUAACUGAAUCCGACAAGGGAUUUGAAACGAGUGGAUCCAUCUGAGCCGGUUCAGUGAUUAGAUGCCACAUGUUGCUUGUGUCUCCAGUUCAGGAAAGCAGAAGGUAGUGACUUUGAUGUUUUUCAGCAGCUAUACUGGGGGAAAAAAAGUUUUUAACCACAAGUUACAGGUUCAUUCAUACAGUACUGAUCCUGAUUACGAUUGUAAAAACACACACACACACACACACACACAAAUGUACAUGCACAUACUGUUUAGACACACAACAGAGAGAGGAAAAAAACAAUUCUUAUGGGAAAAAGACUACUUCAACUUCAUGUAACAGUGAGAUAAAGUGCUAUUUACUUUCUGUAAAAUGUUUCAUAAAUGCUUAUAUUGAUUUCAAUGGCUCAGCUUUGUCCACACACAAGCAGCUGCCAUAGUCCCUCAUCUGAUGCUUUUGAAUGCAUGCUAUAUGGACACCUCACGUAUUAUUCCUUUUAUCUUCGUCAGUGUUGGUUUCUCCACGGCUAAGAAAUCAAUGCGGUCCAUUUUUAUACCAUCGUAACAGAUUUUUGUAUUUGGCUCUUCAAAAAUAUAUUUGAUUAAUUCCUCGUUGUACAAGGGAGAUUUAGUUAAUUUACUUACACAGCCUUAUAAUCCUUGUGUGUAUUUAUUUACUUGUCCUCAUUUUUGGGGAAGUUUAAGGGACAAAUUGACAAUCACUGAUCAAUUAGUCACAGAUCCCUGGCCAUAAUACCCCACGCCAUGCAUAAAACAUUAAAAACCCGAUGCUCGUCACUGCAUCAAGUAUGCAUCUACACCUCGAACAAAGGUCGCUCAUGACCUAAGACGCACCCCCCAAUUUAUUUUUCUCUGCCAUCCUUCCCACUACCUUGCACCGUUAUCACUUCCUUUUACUUUUUAGAUUCCUGAUUUCAUCAUAAACCACUUUAGAUAGAGAGCAACCGAAGCCCUUUAAAAGAUCCAUCUCAUCUGUUAGUGUAAAUGUGCCAGAGUAGAGCGUGUUAUAUGGAGUGUGUCAUUGAGUGUGUCAUAUGGAUCUGCCUUAUUGCGCAUCUUUGCUGCCUUUCUUAGAGCUUUUAAUAUAUGAAAAUUGAAAUAAAGAGUCUGUUUAGUACGUAUGUUGUAUAUUUGUUAUAGACAUAGUUUGAGUAUCAAUGUGGUGAAUGAAUGAUCACAAUGCUCAAAAGAUGUAUAUUUGUGAAAUACCUGUGUGAAGACCUCAGAUGUCAUGUUCACUUCUUUCAAUUUUAAGCUAUAUAUACAACCACCAGUGGAUAAUAGGCAGACACAACAUUAUUUUUUUUUGUUCUCAAUGCACCCGAAAAUAGUUUUAAAGAAAGAACUAGAGAUGUAGCCAUCACAGAAAUGGCUCAGUCCUGAUAGCAUCAACAGUUCACUAUUGCUGCACCCCAAAGGAAAGAAAAAUUAGAGUUAAGUUCUCAGAUUGUACCUCUUAUAAAAUAAAGGGGGGGGGGGGCAUUGGGUGUUGUGUUGCAAUAUGCCAUGUUCAGUUUUACUUUAUAGGAAAUGCUGCAGAGCUGGAUAACGUAACCAAGGAAUAGUUACACGAAGAGAAACGUCUGUAAUAGUCAGGACUACUGUAUGUAGGCUGUGUGGAGGGAUGAGAGUGAGUGAACAAAUGAGUGGAUGGAUGAGUGGGUGAGUAGAUGAGACAGAGAGAGAGAGAGAGAGAGAGAGAGAGAGAGAAAGGACUGGAGGUAGUUGCGAUAAAGAGGGGAACAUUCAGUAUAACCGCUCUUUACAAAGCUGGUGUUGGUAGUGAUGAUGCAGACACACACCUCAAGGGAUCUUGCUCGAGUUUCUUCAGUCGAUAAUGAAAAUAUUGCAAUCAUAGUAUUUAAAUAUACAAUUGUUCUUGACAGGGUCUCAUGAGGCUGAGUGCUACCCAAAUAACCUUCGUCCUUGAUGAAAAAAUGGUUUGAUGUUUGUGUUAUACCUACAUCGGGAUAUGCAUCGGUGAUCUGCCUUCGUCUGCUUCAUGGACUGAUUAUUUUUUACAAUAAAUUUCUUAAAGGGCGUACAGAUAUGUUUGUAGACUCUCUCUGUUUCUCAAGCUCUUUCUGUCACAUGUGAUUUCCCCACUUAUAUUACUUUUAAACCACUGUUUCAUAUGUACCUGCCUUUUUCACGUGCAAAAUGAAGUGUCUGCCUCUGUUACGUAAAUACCUUAACUUAUUAUUAGGUCUGAGUUUCCAAAGACAUUUAAGUGUUAGAUCACAAUGUUUCCAUGGAAAACAAUUAGAAUGGCUGUGACAAUUUUUAAUCCAAACUGCUUUUGACGGUCCAGACCGAGGACAGUGGUCUAUGAGUGUGUAUCUGUCCCUUUACGUUUGUUUUAGAGAGUCAGGGUUAAAUGUGCCAAGCAAACAUUUUCUACUUCCUGGCCAAGCUGCAAGGAGAAAAACAGGCAUACCUUAAAUUAGUUUUGUUCUCUAAUGUUGGAGGAAAGUUGAGGGCUGCGUUCGUAUAAAACUUUUCUGAUACAUCAUGACUGGUCUGAAAUUGCGAGUCAUUCAGGAAGUAUGAAUCCAAUCUAUUUCCCAUCGUCACAGAACAGCGGGACUCUAACCUGUGAUGUAACAUCAUUGUAAUGAAAGAUCACCUGUGACAUAAUCAUUAAAAGUGGCAAAAAUAUAUUUGCUGUAAAUAUCAAAGUUUUCAAAAACAGAAAUUUUACUUGAUUGUCAUUACUACAAUGGGAAGUAUUUCAAUUCUGUAAUGUAUUUAAAGUGGUUGCAUCCUCCUUUUUUCAUACCAUUUUUGAACAACCCCAAGCUUAGACUUUUAGAUAGAGGAGAUGAAAGAAAAUCAUAUGUGUAUUAAGGUUAUACAUGUGAUACUCUACAACAAAUAAGAGCCCAAAUUAAUCUGAAAUGUAUACAUGAUGCUUAUACUGAGGACUAAAUCCUGUCAUCUGUUAAUUAUUAUUUUUUUGUUGAGUUCUGAGUGCUGGUGGUCUUGUUCUUCUUCAGAUGUAAUGAACAAGGACAUUAUGGAUGAAAUGUUGAGAUCUUUUCUUUCUUUCUUGGAAUAAAUCUGGUGAAAGGCU